GUGCCCCCCCCCGCCAUGCUGCGCACCCUCCUGCUGCUGGGGGGCCUGGUGCCCGCCCUGCCCGCCGGUGAGUGGCCCCGGGGACGGGGCUGGGGGCACCUGCUCCCCAGGACCCCCCCAAACCUCCGCUUCCCCUUUGCAGGUCCCCACUGGGAGUACGAGGGUCCCCAUGGGCAGCAGCACUGGGCCACCCAGGGCCACCCGGCGUGCGGGGGACAAGCCCAGUCGCCCAUCGAUAUCCGGACGGGGGGGGCACGACCGGACCCCUCGCUGCCCCCCAUCCGCGCCGUGGGGCAGCCCGAGACCCCCACCCUGACCCUCCGCAACAACGGGCACACUGCCGUGCUGGCGCUGCCCCCCUCCCUGCGCAUCCAGGGGCUGCCCCACAGCUUCGCGGCCGCCCAGCUCCACUUCCACUGGGGGGGCACUGGGAGCACUGGGGGGGCCGAGCACCUGCUGGAUGGGCACCGAGCCCCCGCUGAGAUGCACGUGGUUCACUACGACGCGGAUCUGUACGCGGACGCGGGGGAGGCGCAGCACCACGCCGGGGGCCUGGCCGUGCUCGGCGUCCUCCUGGAGGUGGGUGCUGACCCCCACCCCGCCUACGACAACGUCCUGAGGCACCUGGGGAGCAUCCGCUACGCGGGGCAGACCGCGGCCAUCCCGUCCUUCAGCAUCGCGGCGCUGCUGCCCCCCCGCCUGGACCUGUUUUACCGCUACAACGGGUCCCUCACCACCCCCCCCUGCUACCAGAGUGUCCUCUGGACCCUGUUCCAGCAGCCUGUCCACAUCAGCCGGGCACAGCUGGAGCAGCUCCAGGGAGCCCUUUACGCCACGACGGCAGCCGAACCCCAACCCCGGCGCUUGGUGGAUAAUUUUCGGGCCCCCCAGGAGCUCAACCAGCGCCUGGUGCUGUCGUCCCUCCCCAGGGGACCCCAAGGGUAUUCGACAGGUGAAAUCGUUGCCAUCGUCUUGGGCGCCGUCGCUGGCUGCAUCGGCCUCCUCCUCAUCAGCCACUUUGCGGCCAAGAGGAUGCGAGCCAGGAGGACCCAUGACCACGACGUCGUCUUCAAAGCCUCUUCCCGCCGCACCCCCCCGGACGACACCCCCCGCCCUUGAACUUGAACCCCCCCGGGCUGGGCUGCGAGCGACCCCCCGCUGCCCCCCCUCACAGUGCCAGUGGCUCCUGCCCCCACCCCACUGCAAAUAAAGCCCCUUCCCCACCCCACGGCGCAGGGGCCUCAUUGCUGGGGGUGAACGGGGCAUCCCCCAAAGCCUGAGAGGGGCCGGGGGGGCGCAGAGCAAGAUGAGGGGGACCGACCCC